CCCUCCUGCCGUGGGCGCCGGGCCGGGCGCUGGGCACCCACCCCAAGAAGGAGCCGAUGGAGGCGCUGAACACGGCGCAGGGCGCGCGGGACUUCAUCUACAGCCUGCACGCCAGCGAGCGCAGCUGCCUGCUCCGCGAGCUGCACCGCUUCGAGUCCAUCGCCAUCGCGCAGGAGAAGUUGGAAGUUGCACCACCAUCUACAGGACAGCUGAAGCACGUGUUCUUCCACAAUGCAUUACCUUUUGUGGGGUUUGGAUUUUUGGAUAAUGCAAUUAUGAUUGCUGCGGGAACCCAAAUAGAACUAUCUAUUGGAGUUGUCCUAGGAAUUUCGACUAUGGCAGCUGCUGCUUUGGGAAAUCUUGUUUCAGAUUUAGCUGGACUGGGUCUUGCAGGUUAUGUUGAAGCUUUAGCUUCGAGGUUGGGCCUAUCAAUUCCUGAUCUAACACCCAAACAAGCUGAUAUGUGGCAAACACGGGUCAGCGCACACUUGGGUAAAGCUAUUGGAGUAACCAUUGGCUGCCUUUUAGGAAUGUUUCCUUUGUUUUUCUUUGGAGACGAAGAAGAAAAACUGGAAGAGAAAAAAUAACCUUUUUACAAAACAUAUAAAAAUGUAAACUAAUGUACCUCAAUUACUCAAUUAUGCUGUCUAUAUUUAGGAAUUACCAGACAGUAAAAAAUGUAUAGACUUGGGAACAAAACAUUCAGCAUGUAGUUUUAUGGAAACACUAAUUUAUUGUGGCUUUGUCUUACUCGGUACAUCUUUUAUAAGAUACCAUUUUGCUUUUUUAUUUAACGUAAAUCCUGAAGUGUUUUCAUUUAUAAUGGCAACUGACGUUUACCACUUUCCCUCUUGCCUUCCUUCUUUAAUGGAUGGGGUUAUUACCUUAACCGCUUGCCAUGGAUGUACUGUAACUUUUUGGUUUUGCUUAUUUGUUGCCUAACAUUUUAAAGUGCAUGUCAGAAAAGAUCCUCAGUAUUCAUCAGGUCCUUUGUUCCAGACUAUCAGUGAAGCCAGUUGGUGGGUGAUUUGGGAUGUAGACUUUGUGGCCUUGUUGUGCGUGGUUUGUUCUCUGAGCCACCAGUUAGCAGUGCCUCGGGAUGGAUGUAUUUGUCAUCCAGUGGUUGGUUUGCUUCAAAACUCUAGCCUAUUUGCCUCUUCCACUCUAAUGCUCAGCAAGGUAAGUGUUUCCAGCCAGCCUCCUUACCAUGUCCAUUCUUCCAAGUUUUCUCACUGUCACCCACCUCUUUUUUUUUUCUGCAGUAAUAUUUUGAGAAUCAAGAUUAAUGUUUGGUUUUUAUCCUGUGUUUACUCACCAACCCAACCAAAUGAUUUAGUGUAUGCUUCCAAUAAACUUACUUUCCUCCCUUCCUGAAUUUUAACUGGACCUUUUAAGAAUUCAGACCAGUCCCUCAUGGAGUAAUUAUGUAUGGUUGAGUCAAAAUAAUAACACCUUAUUCUCUACAGAGUGAUAGAUAACAUGAGAGGAGUCAAUGGAUGUUAGACAAAGAAGGGAAGUUUUUUAAGGUGAAAUUUGGCUUGAGUGUGAGUGUCUGAAAGUAGUAUAUCUGAUAGUUGAACUGAAAUCCUUAAAAAAAAAAAAUAAUAAUAAUAAAAAAAAUCCUCCCAGCCUGGAUUAGAGGAUCUGAUUUGCAGAAUAUAACCUACAGUUAACAUUAGAUUUUUUUUUUUUGGAUUGCUGUGAAGGCAUCUAGUGAAGAAAAGAUGGAUCCUGGGGCCUUUUUUUGCCUUAUCACUUUUGCAGUCUUAUUCAGAGCGUAUUAUUCCAAAUGGAUCUAAUUUCUUUGUGAUCAUGUACAAUCUUUUUAUGUGAUCAUUUGUGAUUUUUCUGUUGCAACUACCAUGUUGAGUAGUUAUAAUGUUAAAGUGUCUUACCUAUUGGUACAAUAGUAAUGGAUUAAUAUUCAUUGCUUACAAAGGAGAUACUAUUUUCCCUCUGAGUGCAAAAUAGGAAAAGAUACCAGAAGCCAGAUGGGCGGGGGGAGGGCACUUUAGCAGCUCUGCAUUCUUUCACUGAUCUGUUGCACAAUGUGUUUCUAAACUAGUGAAAGAAAUUAAAAUGUUACCUGAAUUACCACAUGAACAAAUACUUUAUUUGGUGUAGUAAAAACAUUACUACAAAACCCCAGUUUGCUUUAAAUUGCUGAUCCAGCAGCUCAUGUCUUCAGUCAUAAAUCUGAUACCUUUUGACCGUCCAAAAGCUCCAGAACACCAGUACCACCUCUUAUUUAUAAUGGAUAAAAGAACAAAGAACCACCAUUACUUAAGAUAUGAGAUGAUACUGCUAAUGUCAUACCU